UCAGCACUUUGAAUGACAGGCUGGCUGACCUCAGACCUGCACCUCUUCACACCCCCACCCACAUACUGGUCCAGUAUAAAAACUGCAGCCCAUCCUCAGCCUCUACUCUCUGGACUUCUGCCUGCACUCGCACAACAGUUAAACAGACAGGUGACAAUGACUGACCUGGAGACCUCGAUGGCCACCAUCCUCGCUGUGUUUCAGAAGUAUUCGGAGAGAGAAGGAGACAAACAUAAACUGAAGAAGAGCGAGCUGAAGGACCUGCUUCAUGACGAGCUCCCAGAUCUGAUGGCGCAUGUUAACGACCAGGCUGCGCUGGACAGCCUGAUGGACAGCCUGGACACCGACGGCGACGCCGAGUGCAACUUUCAGGAGUUCAUGACAUUCAUCUCCGUAGUUACCGUCUGUUGCCACGAGUUCUUCAAGGACGAGCAUGACUAAGGAGGUGGCAGCGGGCGGGAAGACAAAGCGGAGCCACAGUACAUUAUAAAGAAGCAGAAGCCUAGCAACGCACAAACUGUCGAUGCCCUCACAGCAGCGCAGGGUGGAGGAAACACAACCCAGCCACCAGCCACCAUUACAUGGCUGGUGGCUGGUAAAAAGCUCCAGUCUAGUGUCUGAAAUCAGCCUCGUUUGUGUUUUAAUUUCUAGAUGGCAUGUAAAGUCUUCAAAAUGGCGGCAAAGAUUGGUACAAAAGCAGGAACUAAAGUAGCUCAAGCAGAUCAAAUCUUAAAAGUGUUUCACUAUAUGUUUGGCCACCAAAGCCAACCAUUUACCAAUCAAUACAUGUUACACUUUUAUUCCUGUACUCUUUAUCAUUUCCCAUCACUUUGUAUAAGUAAAGGCUUUGUAUAUGUUACAGGUUUUGGAGAAUGGCUGCUACAUUCGGCUGCCGUUCUAGCAGUGAAAUUAUAAAAGUUGUUUAUUUCCUACAUCGUGGACUAUUAAAUCAAUCUUACAGCCACAACCGUCAGUUUGGGACUUUGCAUGUAAAACCCUGAAUGACCAUAUCAAGUUAACCGCUUUAGGAGUCAAAUAACUAACUAAAGCGCCCCCUUUAGGCAGUUAUUUGACUAUCAAAUAUUGAAAGCAACUUUAAGGUUUGAUGUCAUAUAAUAAAUUAACUAACUUGCUAGUAAAAGUUUCAAAAUGACUUGUGGGUCCUUUGUUAAACCGAAAUUGAUCAUUAGGGGCAUUAAAUAAAUAGCAGUAUUUGGUUACUUUAGUAGUAGUAUAAAUAGUAUGUCAGACAAAUGAUGACAAACACAAAGUUCUUCAAUAUGGCUUUUAAAAGAACUUUUUCAAACUACAAACUGUCUGAAGGGCUUCAUUUUGAUAGUGGCUUGCAGCUCAGUACUUCACAGUAUCAUAUUUUGGAAAUAUAUAUUGUAAGCUGAGCUUUAUAUUAAAAGCACCUGAAUAGCUAGUGAUUAGCUUUGUUCGGACAGCGAUGAAUCUUAAAAAUCUUUAGAGAAUACUAAACUAAGAAAGUAACUAAUAAGUCAGUUCAGUCUAGCAGCCACAAGAAUGCAUCCAUGGUUUAAAAAAUCUAUCUGAAUAUCACAUUUUGAAAAUGUUUGCAGUUUGCAUUGUGGGCUAGUCAGUUACUAAGACACUAACAGUCGUUUAAGAUUUUGCAUGUGAGAUUCUGGAUAGUCACUAAAUUGAGAAAGUUGACUUACAGUUAGCUAACUCAGCUAUUUUAGGAGUCAAAUAAUCGUGUAAAGGGGAAAAAUAUUGCAGAUAUUGAAACUUUAAAAGUGGGAAGUGAGGCAUGAGGGGGGGAAAAGUUAGCUAGUAAAAGUUUUUAAAAUGGCUUAUGAGUAUGAGCUAUUCUAACACCUCGUUUGUUAACUUUAACCGUAUAGCAGUUGGGGAAAAAGUACCUGGUAAGUUGGGCUUCAUAUUAAAAGCACCUAAACAGCAGAUAGGUUUGGGAUUUGUUUGCCGAGCUCAAUCCAUUCCUGAAAAUUGAAUAAGGCGCUGAAACUGAAAAAGUUUCGUAGCAAUAGGAAUCAAUCAACAAUCUGAAGGACACUAUUGGUUUGUUUUAAUCUUACAUACUAUCAUAUUUUGUAAUUGGUUUGUGGGCUUGUUAAAAUUCGCAACAUAGUGAUUUGGAGAUAAAUAUAAAAUAUCAAAUACUGAAUGCGACAAUUUAAGCACACAAAAAAAAAAUUACAUUGGCUUGUAAAAGCUUCAGUUUGGCUAAAGAAUUUAAAAUCUUCUAGCUCCUCCGAUGUUAAACUCAAAUUAAUUAGAGACUUCACAGGUGUUGAAAAGCACCUAAAAAGGAUUUUAUAGUCUUGUUCUUUUAACAUUUGUCUUCUGAAUCAUCCCUUACAUUUUUAAAAUUUGAAAAAGCCUCUAAACUGAUAAAGUGGCUGGCAAGUUAAAAGGAAUUAAAAAAUGACUAUCAAAUUUUAAAAGUAAAUUUUAGGUUUGUCUAAAGUUGCUAUAGUCAUCUUUUGGAGACACUUUAAUGAGUUUAUUCGGUCAAAAGUCAUCAGUUGCCACUAAAUCCUGAGAAAGUUGCUGAAAUGCUAAUCAACAUUAAGCAUAUUCUUAAAACGAUUUCAUUUAUGAAACUGUGUAUACCAUCAAACAUGCUCACAAAGACAGUAGGAGCCUUAAAUCUUAUUUGAUUGGCAAUGCAAAGAUUUUUUUUUGGUGCUUUGUGCUACUGUAGCUGCUACUUUGCUAAACCCCUGAUAUUGUCGAUUUGUUUUUUCUUGUUAGAAAAAAAAUGCUGGUAGUUUUCCGUCAAAUUCUUAUUUUAUUCAUUUGCUCUCAAAAUCUCUAAAUCUGAAAAAUGGCUAUUAAGUUAAUCAAAUUCAAACAAUCUAUCCUUCUUAAAGGUCUAAACGGCUAUCAAAUGUUAAAACUCAACUUUUAAUUGGCUCAUAAAGACAUUAAAAAGGGCUUGUGAGUUUCAAUUUAGACGUCACAUUGCCUCUUUCAAUAGUUUGAGUGUUUAAUAAAACUGUAGAUUUUCCAUGUUUUACAUUUUAUUUACAUUUACGUUUAUUUGAUGUUUUGGUAAAAAUUACAUCGAGGUCAAAAUGGUUAAAAUGACUAAUACGUAUUGCUGGCAGGCAAGUAAUUAAAAUUACUUUUAACUGACUUUAAAUGUUAGCUUGUAGUUGCUGUAGCUCUCUGUAGGUUUACAUGUAUUCAGUAUAAGAAGCAAAUCUAAAUCAUUAUAGAUGUAGAAAUGAUCAGUUAAACAGUGCAACAGAAGAGUUUGUCUGAUAUGCAUCAUGAAAUGUUGAAUGUUGGGUUGUUUGGACGUCGGUGAUAUGAAUUUAAUUAAAUGGUCAGUUUGUGACUGAGUCAGUCAAUAUUUCUGUAGCGAGGGGACAAAGAAGGCUGUUUAUUCUUAUCUUGGGUGGCUGUCAGAAGAAUUCAGAGACGCACUGCAAUAAUAUUUACAUAGCAGUUCUGCAGAGUUGCUCAACCAUUAAAGGUCUCAUAUGUUGUUUUU